AUGUCUCAAAACGUUAGUCAGGUCGUCUUCUUCCGCGUCAAAUCUUCCGUCAAGCCCGAAGACCCGUCCAGUGAAGAAGGCGAGGCUCUGCUGAGGGUAUUCCGCGCAACCAAAUUGCAAAGCGGCCAUGAGAACUCAGCAUGGGGACGCACCUCCGAAGAUGAAGACACUAUCGUCUGGGUUGUAGACUGGACCGACGCUCGCAGCUCAAUAAACAUUCAACAGCUCGACCCUUUUCUGGCUCCAGACAAUCCCCAGCCGCCGUCGUCACUCCGAGUUACGUUUAGCCCGACACUCUCCAGCACAGGCACACUGACCAGAAACCCGGUGACUGAGCUAUGCACGCUGUCGUUCCCUACCGAUCUGGAUGUACCAGCAGUGAAGAAGAUCAACGCGGACUUGAUUAGCUUCCGCACCGCGCUGGUCGAGCAAUUGCCACAGUCGGCAGGGCCGCGGUCGUGGUCAAUGGGGCAUGUCGACCGGCCGAGUAAGCUACCGCACGAGAAGAGUCCAACUGGGCAAGCUUUCGCGCACCUCCUCGUUGUUGGCUGGGAUAGUAUAGAUGCGCAUCUCAAAGCUAAGGACACGGAGAAGUUUGUCCAAAGUAUUGCGCCUCUGAGGGAGAAGAUGCUGCCGCCUAUUCCUGGGUUGGAGAUGAAACAUGUCAGUUUUCAAAAGAUUGAGGGAUAA